CGAUCCUUGCACUGUCGAUCCAUUGCUGAAUGUUCCAGUUCUUCUCGUUAUUUUCGUUGGAUUGAUUGAUUUGAUUCAUUCCAUCGAUCGAUCGAUCUACCCGGGAUGUCGGAGGCCGACGAGAUCGAGCUGCGCGCGCGCGAAAAGAUUCUCGCGCGGCGUCGUGCGUCCGCCAACCAAAAGAGGGAUCCUCCGCCGAGGGAGGAGGGAGGCGCCGGAGGACCAAGCAGCAGCAACAACAACAACAACAAACCCAGCGAGGGCGGCAGCAGCAGCAACAAAAGCAGCAAGAGCCGCAGCAACAAGACCAACGAUCCGGCUUGUCGUUCUGCUUCCAAGAAAGAAGGAUACAACGAGUCCAAAACCGGCAACAAGCGCGGCCCACGCCAAAGACACACCAAACAGAACACCACCAGCAACAGCCACAACCGCAGGGGCACUACCAACACCAACAGCAGCAGCAGCAGCAUCCCCAAGCACACCAACACCAAAACCAAGAAGAAGAAGAAGAGACGCCGCAACCCGCCCUUCCGAAUGAGUCCGGACCAGCGGAGCCCACGGGACCGGUCCCGGGGAAGCGGGCGAGUCCCCCGCGGCGGUGGCCCCCUCCCCUACCGCGACGAGUUUGGCCGGGUCCCCAGCGGGAGGGGGCCUCCCCCGCCCGGGGGAGACCGGCGCUACGGAAGAAGCGAUGGCUACGGAGGCGACCGCUACGGCGGCCCACCCCCCUACCGGAGCGGGCCCCCGCUCCCCCCCCGGAACCCCCGGGGACCUUCCCACCGCGAACAAGGAGCCCCUGCCGGGGGCGGCCUUCCCCCCCGGGACCGGGGGCUGCAGGCGCCCUACGACCGGGGGCCUCCGGGCGGCUACGGGCACGACGACCGCGGGUACGGAGGCGACCGCGGCUACGGACACGGAUACGGAUACGACCGCGGGUUUGAAUACGACCGGGGCUACGGAUACGACCGCGGAUACGAGCACGACUACGGCCCGGAAGCCCUGCCCCCCCGGAGGCCCCGCCGGAGCCCCGAGCGCUACGCCAGCAGCCGGAGCCGCAGCAGGAGUCCCUCGAGCGGAAGCCACGCCAGCAGCGGGUUCUCCUCCGCGUCGUCGUCGUCCUCCCUGUCGACGAGGAGCCGGAGCAGCUACGGCUCCCGGUCGAGGUCCCGGUCUCUCUCCCGGUCCGUCUCGAGGUCCCGGUCCCGAUCGCUGUCUCGGUCGAGGUCCCGGUCGCGCUCCCCGUCCGCAUCGAGGUCUCGCUCGCGCUCUCGCUCGCGGUCCCGGUCCCGGUCUCCCCCGCCGAUCGACGACAAGAAGGACGGCGAAGCCUCGGCCGCGGACCAAGAGAAAAGGGCGACUCCCGAGAAGAAAGCCCCGGCGGAACCACCCAGCGCAGAGAAAAGCGGGGAUGCGGCCGCCACCAAGAGCCCGGAACCGAACGCAAAGACCACCCAGGACCAGACCGUUUCGCCAUCCUCGUCCCGGGGCCAGAAGCGCCGGGGGAGCCAUAGCCGGAGCCGGAGCCGGGAGUCCUUCGAUUCCCGAAAGGCCCGGAGGCGCCGCCACAAGCGGUCCCGGUCGAUCUCCGCCUCGCGGUCCCGAUCGCCGGCCUACUCCCCGGGCUCGGCCGGGGGGUACUCGACGUCCUCGUCCCGCUACUCCCGCGAGAAGCGCCGCAGGGAAAAGAAAUCCAGGCGCCGCAGGGACAGGGACCGGCGCGGGUCUUCCCCGAGGCGCGGCGGAGACAAGGACGAAACCUCGAUGGCCUUUUCCAAGGACCAGCGGACGGUCUUUGUCUCCCAGCUGGUCAUGCGGACCACCGAGCGGGACCUCAAGAAGUACUUCAAGCGCAUCGUUGGCUGCAAGGUCAACGACGUCAUCCUCCUGAGGGACAGGCGCAACGCCCGCAACCACAAGGGCUGUGCCUACGUCGAGGUCGGCCGCAUCGACGACGUGGCCCGGGCCGUGGGGGUGUCCGGCCGGCCCCCCGACUUUCAGCGGUUCCCCAUCCUCGUCAAGGCCUCGGAGGCCGAGAAGAACUACACGCAGCACCCUUCCGCCGCUUCGGGCGGGGCGAACCACAAGGCAGCGGCGGCGCCGUCCGGCACCGCUGCGUCCACCUUCCUCCCCCCCCUCCGGGACGAGACCGGCCGGCUCAUCGAGUCGCAGAAGGUGUACGUGGGGGGACUCGACCCCUCGGUGGGGGAGGAUCACCUCCGCGCCCUCUUUUCGCGGUUCGGGACCCUCCACGGGGUCCACUUGCAGACCGACCCGACCACCCGCGCCAGCAAGGGCUACGCCUUUCUCUCCUUUCGGGACCCGAAGGUCAGCCACCUGGCCAUCCGGACCAUGGCCGGAAAGCUCCUGGCCGGCCGGCCCCUCAAGACGGGCUGGGCCAACCAGAACCAGCAAUCGGCGGCCAGCAUCGCGGCCGGGUGCACCAUCGCCACCUCGGACCGUUUUCCCGAAGACGCCCCCGCCCUGGCCAAGGAGGCCCUCUCGGUCCUGGCGCAGAUGACGGGAGGUGGCGUGGUUCCAGCGGAAGCGGAAGCGCAAGCGGUCCUUGCCCCAGCGGCCGAUCCGUCGGCCCUCUCGGCCGUGGCCGAGCAGGAGCUGGACAAGGCCAUGGGGCUGUCGGCGGGAGCCGGCACAACCGCCGGAAUGGUUGCCCAACCGGCCGGCCUCUCGGGAAUGCCCACGGUCGCGGAGGCCAGGGCGAGCCUCGCGGCCGACGUCGUGGCCCGCCAGCUGGCGGCGGCGACCGCGGCCAGGUCAAGCUUCAUCCGCGGCCGGGCCGCCCCGACCCGCCACCUGAUGGUCCACAACAUGUACGACAAGGACCAGGAGACCGAGGCCGGCUGGGAGAAGGACAUCGAGGAGGAGUUCCUCGGGGAGUGCUCCAAGUUCGGGACAAUCGAGCGCGUGACGGUCCUCCACGACCAGCCGGGGGGGAAGAUCCGCGCCACCUUUGCCGACGUGGGGUCCGCCAGGAACUGCGCGGAGAACCUCGCCGGCAGGUGGUUCGACCAGCGGCAGCUCACGGUGGACUACCUGCCCGGGGACGGUGAAGAGCCGGAGGCGCAGGCGUAGGCGGAUCCGCGUGUUCGAAGGGUGCGGUGGCGGGGAGGGCAACGGAUCGCGGCAAGGAGACCGAAAGGAUGAAGCAGUGCAGUGGUUGACGACGUCAAUGGCAUAGCGAAGAGCACGAAGAAUGUACUAAAUUGAACCGAACCGAAAUGAAAUGGACUAAAUUGAAUUGAAUUGA